CACAGCCAUGCCGAGGACCGUCUCUUCAAACAUCUCUUUGGGGGCUACAACCGCUGGGCCCGGCCUGUGCCCAACACCUCGGAUGUGGAUGAAAAGAACCAAAUGAUGACCACCAACGUCUGGCUGAAGCAGGAGUGGAAUGACUACAAGCUGCGCUGGAACCCUGCUGACUUUGGCAACAUCACCUCCCUCCGCGUGCCCUCGGAGAUGAUCUGGACCCCGGACCUUGUCCUCUACAACAAUGCAAAUGGGGAGUUUGCGGUGACGCACAUGACCAAAGCCCACCUCCGCUUCACGGGCACUGUGCACUGGGUGCCCCCGGCCAUCUACAAGAGCUCCUGUAGCAUCGAUGUCACCUUCUUCCCCUUCGACCAGCAGAACUGCAAGAUGAAAUUUGGCUCCUGGACCUACGACAAGGCCAAGAUCGACCUGGAGCAGAUGGAGCAGAUGGUGGACCUGAAGGACUACUGGGAGAGCGGCGAGUGGGCUAUCAUCAACGCCACAGGCACCUACCACAGCAAGAAGUAUGACUGCUGUGCUGAGAUCUACCCAGACGUGACCUUCUACUUCGUCAUCCGCCGCCUGCCGCUCUUCUACACCAUCAACCUCAUCGUCCCCUGCCUGCUCAUCUCCUGCCUCACGGUGCUCGUAUUCUACCUGCCCUCCGACUGCGGCGAGAAGAUCACCCUCUGCAUCUCCGUGCUGCUCUCGCUCACCGUGUUCCUGCUUCUCAUCACGGAGAUCAUCCCGUCCACCUCGCUCGUCAUCCCGCUCAUUGGGGAGUACCUGCUCUUCACCAUGAUCUUCGUCACCCUGUCCAUCGUCAUCACCGUCUUCGUCCUCAAUGUGCACCAUCGCUCUCCCGGCACCCACAACAUGCCCCGCUGGGUGCGGGGGGUCCUGCUGGGUUGUGUGCCCCGCUGGCUGCUCAUGAACCGGCCCCUGGCACCCUUGGGGCCCCACAACCCAGCAGGCCUCAAACUCAGCCCCACGUAUCACUGGCUGCAGACCAAUGUAGAUGCUGAGGAGGAGGAGGAGGUGGAGGAGGAGGAGGAGCAGAGAUGGGUGUGUGCGGGUUGCUCAGCUCCCACUCGGGGAGCUUACGAUGGCCAUGGGGGCUUGCAGCGAGGGGCUUUGGCGCCCAAGACUGUAUCCCAGGAGUAUGAGAUACUGCUGUCCCCUCGCAUGCGCAAGGCCCUGGAAGGCGUGCACUACAUCGCCGAUCACCUGCGGUCUGAAGAUGCUGACUCCUCGGUGAAGGAAGACUGGAAGUAUGUCGCCAUGGUCAUUGAUAGGAUAUUUCUUUGGUUGUUUAUUAUCGUGUGCUUCCUGGGCACCAUUGGACUUUUUCUUCCCCCAUUCCUGGCUGGCAUGAUCUGA